AUGGUUGAUGUUGAAUAUGCUUGGUUGCUUUCUAAAUGUCGAAGAUGUGGUCAGUUUGGGCACAAAAUCAAGUGCUCUUUACAAGGUACCUGUGAAUCCCAUGUAGUAGCUAACAAAGAUAUUGAGAUUGAGGCGACUGCUAGCAUUGUGGUCACGACCGUUGCGUCUAGCACUGUCCCCAAAUCUGUUGACUCAAACACUAUCUCAGCUCAUGCUUCACGUAUAGAGGUAUCUCCUAACACCCUUAUCGAUGCAGUCCUCCGUGUUCAGCCUUCAUCAACACCAGUUUUGGUCCCAAUCACAAAUGUGGAAGCUGUUUCAGAACUUGUCAUAGCUUCUAUAGACAUAACUAUUGAGGAAACUCCCACUGCUCAAGACUCAAUAAUCUUUGUCCAACAUUCAGUUACUAACUUGUCAACAACAGGGGAGAUUUCAUUAACUCCAAAAUCAACUACAACUGCUUCUGUCACAACUACUACCUUAGCUUCUGCUACUAAAAUUACAACCAUUGAGGUUGUGCCGGUUUGGGAAACACAUACUCCUAAACCAAUCUUACCUUUGGUUAUUGAGAAUGGUGUGAUUGAACCCUGGAGAAGUCCUUGCGAAAAUGGAGUUUUUACCGGAUAUGAGUCCUUCGAUGCAUCAUCUCAGAGGAUCCGAAGAGGAAGACCAAUAAAACCUACUCAAAAGAUGCAAGAAAAUCAAUGGACAUUGGUUAGUGGUCAUAGUAAACGUGGUCGUGGCGAUCGUGGCAACCGUGGACCUCUACACUGA